UUUAUACAACUCCAACAAAAGACUGACGAUGUCGUCGAAGGAUUUGACCAGGAAACGGGUGGAGUUAAUCUUCCAGUUGGAAGAGGAGAGUAUUUAUUUGGAGGAUGACAUCACCAGGGAGACCUUUUUCCCCACCCCACAUGGCUCCUUCCACUCACUGUUAAUGCGAGACAGAGGGUCUUUUCGGGUAUGGGGCACAGAGAAGUUUCAGCAAGCAGUCCUCAACCCCACCCCUUACACAGGACCGAGAUCCCAUUUCACACCUCCAACCUCCACGUCCACGUCCACGUCCACCUUUGUCCCACCAGCCUGUCGCCCUCCUGCACAACAGUCCUCCACAUUUCAGAACCCCGGCAGGAGGAACAAGAGCUUUAGAAGAAAGAUUUACCUGGCAGAUGUGGAAGAUGAUGGUGACAUUUCUGCAUACACCUCAGUGCACGUCACCAUCAACGAGGGCACUGGUGUGCAGGCCAUUGCAACAACUGUGCAAGAGUAUAUAAACUCCUCAGACACAUUCACCAUGUGUGACUCAAAAGGGGUACCCAUUUCUGAUUCUGCUGAGACAAAAGAUUUGGAAUUCUGGAAAACUCCAAGUCGCAAGAUCUAUGCGAUAAAGAACACAGACAUCUCCAAGCUUACACGAAGCUCAUCAAAGAAAAGGAGAUCUGAAGCUGAGACCCCAGAAACAUCUCUGAAGAUGACUCUGGCUAAUGUUGAGGAGAACCUCAAAAUUGAGCUGAAGCGCGUGGAGAGCACAAUCUCUCAAUUCAUGGAAGAAAAAUUGUCUGAACUCGCAUCUGUGGUGAAUCAGACCAAAAUCACACAGGUGGCCAUGUUGCAAAGCCUGCAAGAGGAAGUCCAUAAUUUGGCUGCAGACGCCACAGUGAGCCAGUGCCUCAAAGAGGUAUUCAUAUGCAAGAUUUGCACCAACAUGCCCACGACAGUUGUUGUCGUGGCUGCAUGCUGUGGCCAAAUUCUAGGAUGUGGGGGAUGUAUCCAGACAUACCUAGAAGAAAACGACGACUGCAUGUUGUGCAAGUCGCCUACAUUUGGCAACAAAUUGGUAUUCUUGAGGGGUGUCAGUGAGCUACUUUUAAAGCUUGCUUAAAGGUUUUAAUGUAAAAAAAAAUCCUGUUUGUGUGAUCUGUUUGUGUGUUCGUGAGCUGCGACCGUGAGCUGCUGGUGGUCACUGUGGCCUGUUCUAGACCUGUUCUUGUGGGUUAAAUUCUGCUUUGUGUGAUGUUGUGUGAGCUCCUUUAAAACUUUCAAAGUUUGUAAUAUAAGAGCUGCGAGCUCCUGUUGUAAGAUAAUGUAGGCUGGUGGUCGCUGUGGCCUGUUGUAGACCUGUUCUUGUGGGUUUGAGUGUCCUUAUGAAGUAAAUUAGAUAUAGUGGGUUGGCUAACUUCUAUUCAUUCCAUCUGGUUAUCAAUGU